CGACCGUUGGCAAUCAACGAUUACAACAAAAACGAUUAAGUUAAAUUUCCCUUGAAAAAGGCCAUCAAAAACGGCCGAAACGUCGGGCAAUUUAUAAAACCAAUCGUUUGCCUAAAUAUUACCGACUGAGAAAGCCGUAAACACCUGUUGAAAUUCCCGUAUCCAGUCGUUACAACACCCAAACAUAACCUCAAUAUGGCUAACAUACAUAAUGGCUUCUUCAUGCUAAUUGACAACAACUUUGGUCACAGUACAGUACAGCUUUUCAAAACGUACGCACAGCUCAACACGAAAGCGAGUAAUAUGACCGCCCGCAAAGAUUUUUUGAUACAAUGUCGAAAAAAUGGGAGUUUUUCCGGCCCACAUAGUGAACUCACUACAGUGCAUUCACCCACUCCUCGAAGAACGGAGUCCAUACACACGCAAGCUUCAGAGAAUCAUUGACCGUUUUAAAAAAGCAAUUCUGAAUGUAGAAAUCCAACACACAUUCUACAAAAUUGAAUGUUUGAAACGUGAGCUAAGCAACAUACAGGAAAAUUUAACCCAUUCUACAAACAACGAUAUAGCUACACGGUUCAUUACCACUCAAAAUCUAUCUUUCGAAAACCGAAAGGAAUCACGGAAACGCAACACCCCCACCUGUAACGAUAAAGCCAUACUGAACGCCACUACAGCAACAGUUCCAAAAGAGAUUAUGACACUUCUCAGCCUCGGGCGCAAAUUCGCUCUGCCAAUCACAAACAUCAACCAGGUUCCCUUCUAUCAUGUACUAGCCGAUGUUGAAGCCAUCCUACGCGUGUCCCCAGACCAAGCAGUUCAAGAUCGCAAUAGGUGCCAGAUAGCAACACAAAUCCAGAACUACAUCUCCAAAACAAAGUACAAUCAAUACAAAACUCCGCUCCAAAGUUUCUGCCAAAAUGCAAUUACCACCACCACCAAAUUCCUCGCCCAGAACCAAAACAUCUGCAUGCUCGAAGCUGAUAAAGGCAACAGAACGGUCAUAAUGUACAAGCAGGAGUACGACCGCAAAAUGACAGCAUUACUAGACGAACCAGCGUACCAAGUCGUGUCCAAAGAUCCGACUCCAUCCAUCCAGAGACAACACAACAUGCUAAUCACCAGAUUACUCAACCUUAAACUAAUCGAUACAAAAACAUCAAUGCGUUUAAAAUCCAACGUAGCUGUUUGUCCACGCAUAUACGGGCAACCAAAGGCGCAUAAGGACAAUCUACCACUACGCCCCGUGGUUCCCAACAUUACUGCACCGACAUACCAACUAUCGAAGUACAUAGCCAACAUACUACAGAAAUCAUUCAACAGUGAGUACAAUAUUUCCGAUAGCUUCCAAUUCGUCGAGUACAUAAAACAGACCACCCUACCACCUAACUACGUCUUAGUCUCUUUCGAUGUGGUCUCACUGUUCACAAACAUACCCAUCGAGCUUGUUACCCAUGAUAUAAUCAUGGAAUGGAGCAAUAUACGAAAUUCAACUGACAUAAAUCUAGAUCUGUUUCUCGAACUAGUUGAAUUUUGCGUCAACAAUAGCUACUUUCGCUUUCGGGACAAAUACUACAAGCAAACGUUUGGUACCGCCAUGGGCAGCCCCCUAUCGCCCAUUCUUGCCGAUAUUGUGAUGGAAAACCUACUAAAAACCGUAACCAGAAAACUACCAUUCGCCGUUCCCAUCAUCCGCAAAUACGUCGAUGAUCUCUUUAUGGCUCUCCCAAAAGAUCAAAUACCAACUACGCUCGACACCUUCAACGCAUACAAUCCACACCUGCAAUUCACGAAAGAAGUCGAAUCCAACAACCAACUUCCAUUCCUAGAUACAAUUAUCACCAGUAAGUUCGACCAAUCUCUAUCCUCCCAAUGGUACGCAAAACCGAUAGCAUCAGGUCGCCUCCUCAACUAUCAUUCACUCCACCCUCUAUCCAUGAAAAUGAACGUGGCCAAAAACUUUAUUGAAAGAGUCUUCCACCUGUCAACGGAGGACACCACCAAUGUUCAACAAAACAUCAUCUUCCAACAGCUCCGCAGAAACAAUUAUCCGUCAUCACUCAUCAAUAGACUCAUUCAUCGUAGCAAAAACGCACACCGCACUAUUAAUAUCACCGACUCAUCCGUUGCUAGCAUUCACAAUGUAAACAAAACACCAAGUAACACAGCUCACAGCUCAGAUGCAACACAGAUCACCCAGGUUUAUCGAUCACUGCCACACAUUCCAUCACUCAGCCCUUCAAUAACCAACUUGCUUAAAACGGAUUAUCCAAAUGUAAAAAUAACACCUAGGCCUCUCAAUGCAAUAUCGGGGCUACUACAAAGCAUGAAGGAUCCUAUAGAUCCUCUACUGCACUCGAACAUUAUCUACAGACUGCCUUGUGACUCCUGCCCGAUGUGCUAUAUUGGUAUGACCCGCAAUCAGUUGAAAACACGGCUGUAUGGCCACAAAACCAAUAUCAACCAAUACCAACGACUGAAAGAGGAUGGUGCGACAAACAGUGAUGAGCGGAUGAUCAGUCUUGGAGAGAAAACUGCUCUCAUCGAACACAUGGUCAAACACAACCACACGUUCGAUCUCACGAAAGCAAAAAUCGUAGACAGAACCUAUCGACCGAUGGCUCUACCUAUUCUUGAAAUGUGCCACAUCACAAACACAGCUAACACUGUGAACCAUCGCACCGACGUAGACGGACUCAACACGAUUUACGCAGGCAUUCUACACACUCUCAAAACGACCAACACUCGCAGAAACAGAACCCCACACCUUGGCUAAAAAAUUGACACUUCUUUUGGCUCACGAUGAAUAUCCAAUACACACACCUCUACUGUUGGCUCAUCAUCAACAAACCAAACGCUAAAUUCGAAUCGUGUAGAUCCAGAGCUCCAUGACCCGUUGUGCUACUAAAUGGUUUUUCUCGCACAAAAUCACCAUUAAGCCACAGAAAUUCGUGCAAUACCACCCGACAUCCGACCGUUGGCAAUCAACGAUUACAACAAAAACGAUUAAGUUAAAGUGAGUUCCCAAUGCGCUACAUGUUUUAUGUUUUCAUAUCUUCUUUUGUAUUUUGUUGUCUUGUGUAUUUGCAUUUUAUUUUUUAACUCUCUGACAUAAUAAAAAUUCCAGUUUCCCUUGAAA